ACAAAAUCCACAGUGGCUGCUUGGUGCACUUGGAACAACGCCCAAUCAACUCUGACACACACACACACAAAAUUUGACCGACCGAAAAGCAAAACCAAAACUAAAAGCAAAAGCAAAAGCAAACCAAAACCAAACUGAUAACCAUGAACCGCUUUGUUGCUGCCAAUACUAGUACUAUUAAUAGUACCAGUUCUUCAGCCAUCAGCACCACCACAAUGGCGUUGCCUCCAUUCCACCAUACCGGUACCGGUAACAAGGGUGCAGGUUCAGGUGUCUUUGUGCACAAGUACCACGAUCACAGCGAAGAUCCCGUUGAUGUUCUACCUGAAGCUGGUAGUGGUGCCGGCACUACCGGUAACAAUGGUAACAAUGGUAAGAAGGAUCCACUGAUGCCUGCCAAGCGAGGAGCUACUCGGCAGUUUCCCUUGAAGCUCUACGAAAUGCUCAGUCAAGCCGAUGGAGCUGGCUUUGCAGAAAUCGUUGGUUGGCAACCUCAUGGCAGAUGCUUCGUGGUCAGAAACCCAAAGCUCUUUGUCAAGCAGGUCAUGCACAGAUUCUUCUCCCAGAGCAAGCUAGCAUCCUUCCAGCGACAGCUCAGUCUGUACGGCUUUGUGCGCAUCACCCAGGGCAAGGAUUGCAACGCUUACUACCAUGAACUGUUCCUCAGAGGAAGAAGUGAUCUCAUUCAUAGACUUGACAGAGUCAGGGUCAAGGGAACAUUCUGCAAAAUGCGCACUUGUGUAGAGACAGAGCCCGACUUUUAUGCCAUGAAGCCACUACAAGUACAAGUACAAGUACUUGAAACCACCAUCAAGAGCUGUCCCAACAUAACAAAGUCGUCUUCCUCCUCCGAGCGUAUCAAGGCGAAAGCAUUCCUUCAGACAACUGGUACGACUGCUAGUAGGAAGGCAGCAUCAGCGGGACCGCUAAAGGUCCCUGGAAGACUCCGUAUGGCACUGGCAGCGCCAAAACAGGCAACACAAGAUGCGUUGCCACUCCGCUUUCUGCCCAUGAACCUGUCCAAACGAGCUCUGGAACAAAAGGCGGAACUCGGCCGCUGGAUCGCACCACUGCAAAACCAAGAAAUCUCCAACGACCUUGCGUUCCGCUCAUGGGAACCACAAGCAGCGUCACCAGUAGUGACUGGGCAGCCUUUCGAGACGUCCAACACGGUCACUCCAUUUGCCCCUUCCUACACCCAGCAACUACUAGUAGAGGGGAGAUUCACUGCCCCAGAUGCAAGCUCCAACAGAGUCUCGGCUACAUGUACCAUCAAUACAUGCACGACCACAACUGUUGCCAGUGGGAACAGCAGUGUCAUGUCUUCGUCGGCAUCCGAAACGUCCACAUUGACAACUGACGACUCGUCGUCAUCCAAGGCAUCAUACUUUGCAAUGUCACGUGGUCUCAAUAAUAUGACUCCAACGCAACUAAACGAUACCAUCAUUCGAUUUCCAGCGCUUACAUCAACUUUCUCGCAGCCAACACAUCUGCCAACAAUGGGUAGCUACCAGUAUGCUGACAUUGCAUCCCCACCGCAAGAGGGCGAUCACGCCUGGCACGAGUACCUCAAUCGCUGUUCCAAUACCCUGGCCUCUGGGGUUGCUGGGUACGAUCAUCAAACUACUGCUGGUUUUAUGGGCCAGCAACCUUCAAUGCCCACACCGAGCCACAUCCGUCAUGAUCAUUGCGCCAGACAGCACCAAGACGGGACACCAACUCUGGAGGACAUCAUCUUCCUCUUAUAGCCAUCCAUUGAAUGGUACCGGUAUGUGUCUAUGAAUUGAAUGGAAUGCGGGACAGACGCUCGAAGAUAUGAUAGUUAUUUAUAUAAAGUUUGUCUCUAUAGUCACAGUUUAAAAAGCAAACAUAGGGCCCGAGUCGGCAAUCUCAGUAACU